ACGCUAACCUAAAAAUCACUCAAUGUACUCAGUUUCUAAAGUUUCAACGUGCACUGAGUGCAGCAAAAUGUAGGUCAAAUGUCCAGGAAGAUGAGGCAAUCGUGAAAAAGGAAUGUUCAGGCAUUCAACAUGAAAGAAUACAGUAUAUGAGUGAAAAAUGUUUAACGACUCUGAGCAGAGAAAAUAACACACUUUUACUAGACCAAAUAAAACACUAUUAGCAGACUCUGUUGAGGAAAGCAACAGCUAAAUUUAGAAUUUCUAAUUUUCACCUUUAAGCAUUGCAGCUGUAUGAAGUAAAACACCUGCACCAUUCUUGAGAACUUAACUAAUGCGUCCUCCAGCAAAUUACCAGGACUGGAAGAGACAGUGUAGAAAACUCAGUAAGGUUGUGAAAUUUCUGUGAAAUCACCUGGCAAAUGCUUGCCCAGAUUUGUUUCCCACAAAUUCUGAGUUUGUAUUGCUGUCUCUGAAUUCAAAGAAGUUUAUAUAUACAGUAUAAGAUCAGUCAUUGAUAGCUCUACACCCCUUUACAGAUACCACAGUCUCAGAUUAACUUCUUUUUUUAUUUCCACCAAGAUAAAAGGCCACUAAAUGUCUUGUCCUACUUUUAACCAUCACAUUUGUUUAGCGGGUGCAUGCUUUUCUGCGGUAGUGUUUAUCAUAAAUGUUAUCAGUCUCAUCAAUCAUUAGAAAUUGCUUGCAUCACAGAAGGGCUUUUAAAUUUAAAACCGGAUAACACAGAAAGAAGCCAUUUCUCAAGAUCUGCCAUCUAACCAACAGGAGUGUUUUCAGUACAGGACAUGCAGAAGCAUUGCAUUUCUGUAAUUUUAAGGACCACUUCAUAGAACAUGAAAUGGGUUUCUACAGUAAAAAAUGGGAGAUGUUGAUGAUUUUUGUCUCCCUUUUCUAUUGGAAAGAUGGAGGCUGUAUAGAGGUAGUGUGUCAUGGGAUCGUGCAGAUAGAGCCCAAACCAAUCUUUCUCAUGGGUUCCAAUAUCACAGUUCUCUGCCAUUCAUAUAAAGCAAACUGUAAUGAAAGAUUGGUAAUCUAUCUGAAUGAGACUGAACAGAAGCCCCUGGAGAAACUAAAUUGCUCUACUGUGAAACUUCAACUCACAAACUUUAGGGCACCUCAUUCCACUGUGGUAUGCAAGAAAAAUACAUUGGAAACAGUCUGCGGCCAGAAUAUUGAGCCAGGAUAUCCUCCAGACAAACCAACAAAUUUAAAUUGUGUUGCCCGAAGAAAUUCUAAGAACAUGACAUGUUCUUGGCAGAAAGGAAGGAAAACCCACAUAAAUACAGUCUACACAGUGACAUUUCAACAUAAAAACAGAAGCAAAACGUUUUCAAUUACAAAAGAUCAUAUCCAGGUCCCUUUAUCGAGCGUGGAAAAGGAUAUCGAAUACAUGGUUUCUGUGAAGGCAUAUAAUCUCCUGGGAGAAGCGCUGUCAGACGUGCUAUUGCUAACAGUGAAUAAUAUAGUGAUACCUGAUCCACCAACUAUUACAAAGAUAGAUUUUGUGAAUUCUUCUCAAGCAGCCGUGGUUCACUGGAAUACGUCAGUGACAUCUGAGUUGUUUAGUAUUAAUGUGCGAUACAGAACAGCUCGUCAUGGCAGAGAGUGGGUGGAAGAACAGGAAAAUGAACCCAAAAAGGACAAAAUUGUACUGAAAGGAUUUCAGCCCUUCAAAUGUUAUGAGUUUCAGAUUCGCAGCUGUAGAAGUAAAAUGAAUUCCUCAUGCAGUGUCUGGAGCUUAUUAUACUGGGAGAGAAGCCCAGAAGCAGCACCUUCAAGAAAACUAGAUGUGUGGAGGAUAUUAGGACGCACUUGGGCGAACGGAACACAAACUGUGACUAUACUUUGGAAGGCACUUUCUCCUGAAGAUUCCAGAGGAGUUAUUCGGGGAUACCAGGUGUCUUACCAAGAGCAUGGGAAGGAACCUGUCAUUCUUACAUGUGAUGCCAACGAAACUCAAUACCAAGUGAUAAUUCCAGCCACAGUAAAUUCUCUUCUUGUCACUACCUUUACCUCAGCAGGGAGUUCACCUGCCGCAGAGCUAAUCCUUGGGCAGAAAGUUUCAGGGGCACCAAAAAUCACAAACCUGAUAUCUGCAGGGAAUUAUUUGUGCCUGACCUGGGAUUCUAACUGUUGUCACAGUGAGUCACUGCUCUGGUAUAUUGUAGAGUGGCAUAGGGAAGAUCAGAACAUACAAUGGAGAAAAGUGGAAACUAAACACAACUCUACAUGUAUGGAAGCUAAUGAACCUGGAAUCAAGUUCCGCAUUUCACUGUAUGGUGUUGCUGCAAAAGGGGAAACGCAACCAGCCUAUUCUGAAAUAUAUGCAAAGGAAGAGAAACCACAAGCAGGUCCACAGAUUUCAUUGCUAAAAACAGAAGGAGAGAGCAUUCACAUCAAAUGGGAUGAAAUUCCAUUGCAUCAGCAGAGAGGAUUUAUCACACAGUAUACCAUCUAUCUGAGGAAAAACACAGGCUCAAAUUACUGUAAAAAGAUUGUGAUCCAGGGAAAUGUUUCCAGAGAACGGUGGCUGGAAAAGCUGGAUUCUGGUUUCAUAUACAUCUUUUACAUGACAGCAUCCACCUUAGCUGGCGAGGGACCGCCGGGAGAAGAACUGAUCUAUCAACCUCUGGGGUCCAUGCUAGAUAUUACCAUGGUCUUUGGUAUCAUUGUUGCAGCAACUAUCCUUGUAGGAAUUCUUGCAAAUUUGAUGUUUUGGAAUUGUGUCAGGAAAAGAAUUAAAAGGAUAUGGGCAUUAAGAGGACCAAGGUGGUUAAUUGAAAAAUUCCCCAAAGUUGAAAACAGUAAUGUAAUUAAACUGCUGCAGGAAAAAGAAAGGAAUUAUUCUGAUUCUUCAUGGCUGUCCACUUACAGUGACCCUCCUAUCACAAGAGUGGAAGAAAUCAUUCCAUCGUCCAUUGAAAAGAGUUUAUUUCCUCAAGAUGCAGAAGGUCCAGAGAGAGAAACAGUGAAGCCUGUUUGCUUACAAAAUUACAAGUUCAACGUGACUCCUAUUGAAGGGCAUGGAUACAAGCCACAGAUUUCAAAGGAAGCCCAAAAGAAUGAGUUAGCAGAAGGACUUGAAAGUACUUUCCUCCUGCCUCUCCAUACUUGGAUAAAUCCCAUCCAGGCAGAAGAAGCUAGUUCUCCAGGGGUUUGUGGAAUAUUGACAAGCUUUCUUGUGAACAUGACACAUGAAAGAUCAAGCACAAAUUUGACUACAAAGGAAGAAAGAGAUGGAAGUUUGGACAGUGGUUUCACUGGAACACAUCAAGACGAAUUCUAUGCAGGGCAGGGAUAUCAUAUGGAUGACUCAAAUCAGAGUCCGACCUUACUUCCAGAUGAACUGGUCAACUGCCUGAAGGCUACAGAAUAUGAACCUGCUGUAGCAACAUCUUAUUUCCCUCAGUUUGUUCUUCGACAAGUUGAAUGGAGUGACUGCUAAGAGGGUUUCAGAGAUGUUGAUUCUAACUUUGUGACUGAACUAAGACUUUGUGGAAUGAGUGGUUUUACCAGCAUAUGUAGGAGAACUACUGUAAGUUUCAGAAAGAAUAAUAUUUAUAGAUCUGCUGUUAAGAACUAUCGGUAAAACACUCAUUUGUCCUAUUUGGCUGCUUUUAAUGAAAACAAACAUGGAAGCAAUCUUUUCUGAAAAGGUCAUUUUGGGGUCAAGUUAAUCACGGAUUUCUAAAAUGUAAAGUGGUUUGGUGUCUAACUUUUCAGCAUUAGUUUUGAUACAAUAAUAUGGAGAAUGUUAUAUUUUUAAAUGGUCCAAUUUUAUUAUUUUUUUAUUUAUUAUCACACUAAAAUGAAAUGUAAAACAGAAAACAUUAAAUUUAAUAAGCUUCUGUGAGCUUUUCUUUUUUUCUAUAUCCAUGCAAAUUCAAUGCAUUUUGGUAAUUUAGGAAAGAAUGUCACUCUUAAAAGUAAUCUCAUAUAUGUCCUCAUAUAUGUUUUUGCUCCAUUUAUUUGCAAGUCUCAAUGGCUAGUACCAGUCAUGCUGUACCUAUGAACACUUUUGCAAGAAAAGCAAAAAAUAUAUAAUUCCUCAUUAAGUAGAACACUGUUGGUUAUAAUCAACAUAUAUAACCAGUAAAUUUGCACAUUGUUUAAGUCUGUCCUUU